CGUGCGCGUACGCGGGGGUGUCGCACACUCCGACGUGCUCGUGGGGCGGUGCUGUCACACGCGUCCACUCCUGCCCCAACUCCCCAUGCAUUACAAGUUCACCACCGUGAUCCGUGCACUGCGCUCCUAACACCGGUCCGGUCUCCGGGAAACAUGGCUUCGGGCGUCGCAGUGAGCGAUGAAGUCAUCAAGGUGUUCAAUGACAUGAAGGUGCGCAAGUCCUCGUCGUCGGAAGACGUCAAGAAACGCAAGAAGGCCGUGCUCUUCUGCCUCAGUGAGGACAAGAAGAAGAUAAUCGUGGAGGAGGGCAAACAGAUCCUCGUUGGUGAUAUCGGGGAGUCCGUGGACGACCCGUACGCCUCGUUCGUGAAGCUUUUACCUCUCAGCGACUGUCGCUACGGCCUCUACGACGCCACAUACGAAACAAAGGAGUCGAAGAAGGAAGACUUGGUGUUUAUAUUUUGGGCCCCUGAAAACGCCCCUUUAAAAAGUAAGAUGAUCUAUGCAAGCUCCAAAGACGCCAUAAAGAAAAAGUUCACAGGCAUCAAGCACGAGUGGCAGGUGAAUGGUUUAGAUGACAUCCAGGACCGCUCCACGUUGGCGGAGAAGCUGGGAGGAAACGUGGUGGUUUCCCUGGAAGGCCGACCUUUGUAAACUGAGAGACACAUGCCAGUAGGAUCUCCAGCUUCCAUCUUAUCAGCACUUUUAAUAUAAUUUUAUCCAGUUGGAAUCUUUUUUUUCCCCUUUUUAAAUUUUUUUCUGCAUGAAGGACAUCUCACAAACUAAUACAAAGCCCUACCAGAGAUUCCCGUUCUGUAUUUCCUGAUCCUGGUAGAUCACAGAGCUGAAUCCCAAAGCAUGCUUUCAAGACUAACGCCGUCCCAGAACGAAGCGAGGAAAACGCCCUUCGUCAUGGAGAAGACCGAGGGAUCCGUGGAACGGAAAGGGCGCCACGUGCGUUUGUGCCAAGAGGAGAAGAACGGGAGGAAUGAUCUUGCUGGAACGCUUCGACUGUCAUGACUGCCUGCCACCAAGGAGUCUGCCAGAGUUCAGCUCUGAGUGUCCUUGGGCUGAGUUUCCAUGGGGUCUGAUAGUUUGAUUUCUUUAUUCCUGGCAUUUCAGCACCGCAAGACAUGACCAGCUAUGCAGAUGAAGUCCUUUUUGUAAUAAAACCUUUUUUUUUAAAAUUUAGACCAGACAUGUAAGAUUUCUGUAUUCAGGUAUCAUAACAGACUACUUCUUCGUUCAUGCUUGUGGAAAAAGAGGAUUCUUUUGGUUACCGCUGAAGCUUACGAGAAUAAAACCGGUGUGAGUGUUUAUUGGAAGAGUUCGGCCUUUGUUGCGAACAGGGAACCCUGAUAGAAAAAGACAUUGUCGAGAUUGCAGUAAUUGUCCAGCAGGGACAAUGUUUCUUUGAUCAACAAAGUCAUCAUGUUGCAAUAAAAUUUGUGAAAAUUA